AGUAGUAGUAGUGGAAGUAUCGUCAGCGGUCGUUGCGCAGGUAGACCGAAAUCGACUGCCAGUUUGCUCGCGCGCGCGUCAUCGUCCGUGCUUGGUGAGUGACCGUCGCGGCCGUGCAGUUCCCGACCAUCAGCGGCGUCCACCUGCGUCACUGCUGUUCGCACCAUUCCAUCGCCACCGAUCGGUUCUCGCCCGCGCAGCCCCGGCCCCAUCGUUCGCCGCUAAACGGUUCACGUACACUUUACGUUGAACGCGCUUCUGCGAGGCUUGGACGGGCGCUUUUGGUGUUAAAUCACCCUCCCGUCCGUUCGCCGGAUUUGAUCCGAGAACACUUUGCACGCCAAACGCUUACCUAAAAAGAUACGGAACGUGAAGAUGGAACAGGUGGUAUGGGUGCCGGAGCCCAAAGAGGGCUUUAUGCUAGCGUCUAUCGUGGAUUUGGGUAUGGAUGAGGUCACCGUGCAACCCGUUGGAAGGUCGAAAUCCCGUUUCACACUGCCCCUGGACCGGGUAUACACGGCCGAUCCACAUUUCGACAACAAGGAUGUUGAUGACAACUGUUCUCUGAUGCAUUUGAACGAAGCUACUUUAUUGAACAAUGUCAAAAUAAGAUAUUCAAAAGAUAAAAUUUAUACUUAUGUUGCAAACAUCUUGAUAUCAGUCAACCCAUAUAUAGAAAUUAAAAAUCUUUAUUCCACUGAUGUUAUGGAGAAGUAUAAAGGAAAAUCCUUAGGUGUUUUACCACCACACAUAUUUGCAAUAGCGGAUAAAUCUUUCCGAGACAUGAAAGUUUUAAAACAAUCUCAAUCUGUUAUUGUGUCUGGUGAAUCUGGUGCUGGAAAAACAGAAUCUACUAAACACUUGUUACGAUACCUAUGCUAUCAGUGGGGAUCUUCUAAUGGGCCCACUGCUGAUCAAAAAAUUCUAGAUGCUAACCCAGUUUUAGAAGCUUUUGGAAAUGCUAAAACAACACGUAAUAAUAAUUCAUCACGUUUUGGGAAAUUUAUGGAAGUACAUUUUGAUAACUCAUGUUCUGUUGUUGGUGGAUAUAUUAGUCAUUAUCUUCUUGAAAAAUCUAGAGUUUGUAUUCAAAGUUCAGAAGAACGCAAUUAUCAUGUAUUCUAUUUAUUGUGUGCUGGAGCACCAUCAAGUUUACGUAAUAAAUUGUCAUUAGCUAAUCCAGAUGCUUUUAAUUAUUUAAAAAAAGGCUGUACACAAUAUUUCACCAAUAGUCAAACUAGUAAAAAAUUGGAGAAUGAUCAAAAGAGUCAAAUUCAAAAUAAACAAGGAGGCCUUAAAGAUCCCAUGUUGGAUGAUGUUAAAGGAUUCUCUACAAUGGAUGAAGCUCUGAGUAGACUUGGGCUAUCAAACCAAGAAAGAUGUGAUAUAUACACCAUUGUAGCAGCCGUUUUACAUUUAGGAAAUAUAGAAUUUGAAGAAAACAUUGAAAGUACCAAAGGUGGCUGUAAAGUAACAGAACAGACUGAAUAUAGCUUAUCUGUAGUUGCAAAAUUACUAUCUGUUGAUUUUGAUGAACUCCGACAAGCAUUAAUAACUAAAGUAAUGAUGACUAAUCGAGGUGGACUUAAAGGCACUGUUAUUAUGGUACCUUUAAAGCAAUAUGAAGCUAAUAAUGCUAGAGAUGCUCUUGCUAAAGCCAUAUAUGGAAAAUUGUUUGAUAAUAUUGUAAACAGAAUUAAUUCAAGUAUACCAUCCAAGGCAUCUAGUUAUUAUAUCGGAGUAUUAGAUAUUGCAGGAUUUGAGUACUUUACAGUAAAUAGUUUUGAACAAUUUUGUAUUAAUUAUUGUAAUGAAAAACUUCAACAAUUUUUCAAUGAACGUAUACUCAAAGAAGAACAAAUGCUUUACGAACGUGAAGGCUUAGCUGUAAGAAAAAUUGAAUUUGUUGACAAUCAAGAUUGUAUAGAUUUGAUCGAAUCCAAAAAUGGUGGUAUAUUCAAUUUACUAGAUGAAGAAUCUAAAUUACCAAAACAAAGUUCCGAACACUUUACUACUGAAGUGCAUAAACGUUGGCAAGGGCAUUUUAGACUUGCCUUGGCUAGAGCUUCUAGGCUCAAAAUUCAUCGUGAAAUUCGAGAUGAUGAAGGUUUUAUGGUUAGACAUUUUGCUGGAGCAGUAUGUUACCAAACAGGUCAAUUUAUUGAUAAAAAUAAUGAUGCUCUUCAUGCAAACCUGGAAGGUCUAGUUCAGGAGAGUAAUAACCCUUUUUUACAAAGUCUAUUUGCCUCAAGUACAUUAAGUGCAACCAAAGGGAAGUUAAAUUUUAUCAGUGUUGGAUCAAAAUUUAAAAGUCAAUUGGCUGAGCUCAUGGAAAAACUAAGGAGUACUGGUACAAAUUUUGUUCGUUGUAUUAAACCAAAUGACAAAAUGGUCGAUCAUUUAAUAGAUGGUGGAUCAAUUCUUUCUCAAUUACAAUGCUCUGGCAUGGCAAGUGUGUUAGAACUUAUGCAACAAGGUUUUCCAUCUCGAGCUCCAUUUCAACAACUAUACGAUAUGUACAGGCAAAGAUUGCCACCAAAACUUGCUCGUCUUGAUCCUAGAAUAUUUUCUAAGGCAUUAUUUAGAGCAGUAGGUGUUAAUGAAGGAGAUUAUAAGUUUGGUGUGUCAAAAGUAUUUUUUCGACCAGGUAAAUUUGCCGAAUUUGAUGCAAUUAUGCAUUCAGAUCCAGAAAAUUUAAAAAAGAUGAUUGAAAAAGUACAGAAAUAUUUAACUACCUUACAUUGGAAACAAUCUAUAUGGUGUGCUCUAUCUGUAAUUAAACUUAAAAACAAAAUAUUAUAUCGUAGAGAAAAUCUUAUUACUAUACAAAAAAAUGUGCGGAUGCAUCUAUCUAAAGUAAAACAUCGCCCAAGAUUUAUGGGAAUAAAAAAAAUUAACAGUCUCAAAACUAUUUUAAAAGAAAUGGAAAAAUUGGCUGAACAAAUUAAAAAAGACAAUGCUCUUUGUAUAUCAGAUGCUCAAAAACUACGAUCUGAAUUUGAUUUUGCUAUUAAAAGAAUAAGAAAUGAUGAAAAUAUCAAAGCUGCUGAAAUAAAUGAUAUUUAUAAUAGUUUGGUGAAGGCAGCUAAUACACAAAUGGACAGUUUAAAAAAAAAAGCAGAUGCUGAAAGGAGUGCUGAAGCUGAAAAACAACGUUUAGCUAAAUUGCAAAUAGAAAUGGAAAGAGUCAAAUCUGCUAAAGAUAAAGAAGAACGAGCUAAAUUAGAAGAUGAACAAAUUAAGAAACAAAAAAUAGAAAUAGAACUUCGACGCAAAGCAGAAGAAGAAAUUCAUAAAAAUGAUAUUUUCUUGAGUGAAGAGGAAAUUGAGAAGGCUGCAUUAGCUGAAGCUAAAUUUAGAGAACAAAUGGAACAAGAAAGACGUGAUCAUGAGCUUGCUUUACGAUUAGCACAAGAGACAAAUAGUUUUGUUGAAGAUAUUUCAAAUACCUACACAAAGAGGUCCACAAAUACAGAACAAUUAUCUAGCAAAUAUGACUUGUCCAAGUGGAAGUAUUCAGAACUAAGAGAUACAAUAAACACAUCCUGUGAUAUUGAACUUCUAGAGGCUUGUAGAGUAGAAUUUCAUCGUCGUCUCAAGGUUUAUCAUGCUUGGAAAGCAAAGAACAAGAAACGUACAUACAUGGAUGAAAAUGAAAGAGUGCCUCGUUCCAUUAUGGAUUCUGCUAAUCAAUCCAAAGGACUUAAACAUUAUCAGAACUCAAAAGUUCAAUCGAUAAUUCCUACAAGUAGCCAACGCUACUUCCGUAUUCCAUUUGUUAGAUCAACAACACCUACUAGAUCUGGAACUGGAGGAGAUCAGCAUCGUGGAUGGUGGUAUGCACAUUUUGAUGGUCAAUAUGUUGCCAGACAAAUGGAACUACAUCCUGAUAAACCAGCGAUCUUACUUAAUGCCGGGAAAGAUGACAUGCAGAUGUGCGAAUUAAGUCUAGAUGAAACAGGAUUGACUCGAAAGAGAGGUGCUGAAAUAUUAGAAAAUGAUUUCAAUAAAGAAUGGGAAAAACAUGGUGGGAAACCGUAUACUACCAAUAAAACCAAUAAUUAGGUCUUUAUAAUAAAUAUAAAAAUGUAUUAUUUAGAUAAUAUUUUUAAAUAAUUGUAACAA